UGCCUCGGCUCAACGCAUCCAGACGUCCAAGCAAUGUCGCGGCCGACGGAUUGCAUAUAAUCUUUGGUCACUCCUGCUAACCUCCAGCGCUCACCACUCUCGCAGUCCUUGUAGGCACUCGCCAUGUCCACGCUCAUCCGCCCGCCGCCCCUCAAUCCGUCGCAAUCCGCCAUUGAGAACCUGCUGGAGCUUACGCAGCUCUCCGACAUAGACCCGGACCUCUUCACCAACACGCGUCCGCUAUGGCAUCCUCCAGGGGCGCGCGGCAUCUAUGGCGGCGCUGCCAUUGCACAGACCCUGAGUGCUGCUCAGCGAACAGUGCCGAAGGAUUUCACCGUCCACUCAAUGCACUGCUACUUCGUUCUCGCCGGUAACUCCGAGAUCCCCAUCAUAUACCAUGUCGAACGGGUACGCUCGGGGAAGUCGUUCGCGACCCGGACAGUGCAAGCGCGGCAGCGAGGGAAGGUCAUCUUCACGACCACCAUCAGCUUCGUGCGACAGAAUGCAGGGGGCGAGAAGCUGGUGGAGCACUCGGCCGAGAUGCCGACAGAUAUCCCGGGGCCCAUUGAGGGCAUGGAUGACCUUGAUUAUGGCGGCGCAUCAACGGGGCCGUUUCAGAGCCAGAGAAUCGAGAUUCUGAAUAAUGAUUCUCCUCAUCCACAUACGAAGAAGUGCAGGCAAUGGAUAAAAGCCCGCGGCCGCAUCUCUCCCGCCGGCGGCCACGAAGCCCACCUCGCCGCCCUGGCAUACAUGUCCGAUAGCUACUUCAUCGGCACCAUCGCGCGGACACACAAGCUGUGGAGAUACUCUGCCGUCCGCAAGAGCAACACUAAGUCCAGCAUUGACGAGGACGUGCUCAAGAAGCUGCUUGCCAUGGAUGACGAGGAACUGAAACGCGUCAAAUUCCUCGAUCAGGCCGAUCUUGAGCGCAUACGCCAAUACAAGAACGGGGAGACUAUAUCCAAAAAGAAAACACAGCCAGAGAUUGGCAUGAUGGUCAGUCUCGACCAUACUAUAUACUUCCACGACCCGCGGAAUUUCCGAGCAGACGAGUGGAUGUUCACUGAAAUGGACACGCCGUGGAGCGGCGACGGGCGCGGACUGGUCUUCCAGCGGAUGUUCUCUCGUGAUGGCAAGCUCAUUGCGAGUUGCGUGCAAGAGGGUGUUGUUCGAUUACGCCAACCGGGUGAGAGUAAGCUCUGAGUAGAGUUCGCUUCCUUAGAAUCUUUCCCUUCAUGUGCCACACUUCUAGACUCACAGCUUCAUGUAAUGGUUCCUAGCGUUCAGUAGACUUGAUGGGCAAGGCUGUCUUCUGGCCAAGCAUUGGAGCCGCUCAGCCGCCAGCCACCAAU